UACCCCAAAUAUUAACACGACAAUAAAAAUCGCCCCAAGUAAUAAACAUUGACCAUGUCAUUAGCGACUGUUUCCAUCAUUUGCAACAAUGACAGAAAACAUGCAUAUUUAUUCUUAUAAACUUAAACAAAUCAAGUUCAAAUAUUUCAUACUCAAACUUAAAGUAUGUCAUACCUGAACUUGAACCCAGUUCAUUGUUGAUCCAAAAACACAUUUUUUUAAGAUGCGUCAUCUAAGUUGUUCUGUACAGCUUCAUUCCAGCCAGAGUCUGCUGCCGGUUCAGUCAGUUCACACUGAAACUUGAAGAACUGGAAAUCACGAGGAUUCAAAUUCCAGUUUUACUGUUUGAUCCUGAAACAACUUGUUGGACAAGCAUCAUAUGGCCAGAAUCAUUGAGAGAAAAAGGCUUAAAACCCCCCAAAACAAUUGAUCAUUUCCUUUGACAAGAGUGUCUAAGUUUUACCAAAAAUAAAACAAAGUUGAACUAGAAAUUUUGCAUUACCUGCGAUAAUGCUUGUGUGAAUUCUGUAAGCUGAACGUGGCUGCUGAAGAUGUUUGUUCAAAUAGCUGAAGAUGCUGAUAUUGAUAGCUGAAAAUGCUAAAGCAGAUUGCUGAAAUCACUGAAGCAAAUAGUUUGAAAAGCUGAUUGCUUAAAUCGCUGAAACUAAUAGUUGAGAAGUCUGAAGGUGACGGCAAGCUAAAAAUUUAACCUAAUUGCCAAAUUAGCUUUAAAAGCUGGUAAAGUGUCUAAUGUAGCCUAAACAGCUAGGAUAAAGCUAAAAUAUUAGUUAAACUCUGAAAUAGCCCAAAAAAACUGAAAUAGAGCCUAAAUUACCUUAAACUGCUACCAUGUAGCUGAAAUAUUAGCUAAACUUCACAAUAGCCUAAAAACUUUUUAUUUUUUAUUUUUUAUUUUUUUGCUAAGUGCCAAAAUAGUCCAAAAAAGCUUAAUUAUGCCAAUAUGACAACUAAAUGACAGAAAAUGAAAAAAAAAAAAAAAAAAAACAGAAAGUUCAAAAACAAGCAGUAGAGCUCUGAUAUUAGCAGCUAAUAUUUUGGAUGAAUCCCAAAUUAGUUUAAAAUAACCUAUUUAUUCUACUAAUCUGUCCAAAUGUUUGUUGACUAUUGAGUUUCCUGUCUGAUGGAGUCCAAACCUACCUGUGCGGGUUUGAUCCAUUCUUCAGUCCAGUACAGGCUGACUAAUCAAUACCAGAUCCAAGUCAUGGAACAACUUUUGUCAAUGGAAGCAGCAACUAAAAGAUUUUUAUUUUUCAAAAUGUAGUUUAUCUCUUAUUUCCAUGUACUUCUCUUAUUUAUUUAUUUUAAGCCCUAUCUGUCUGCCUGUUUAUUUUUCUCAAAACAAGGAGUAAAAUGUACAGAAAAUGAAUCAUGAAAUACUUCAUAGCCACCAAACAUGUAAAUAACUAGAGUUGUGUACGCGCUGGACGGCGCGUCUUUGUGUCGAUGAUUCUGUGUUCGGCUGCUUCUGGCUGCUGGAGGGAAGUGACAGGUUGUGUGUGUGUGUCACGUGAUUUGCAUCUACAGGUGUUUGACGGUCCAGCCGCAAGAGCCACUUUACUGCUCAGGUUAGAGGAAGCCGGCUUCUUGGACUCCUCCUCAGCCCUCGUGAUGAUCGAUGCUGGAGUGAAGAAGGUGGUCACCAACGUUGUUUGUUCCUCUGAGGACAAACGGACGUACAGAGGCCUGGAGUUAUCCAAUGGUUUGAAGGUCUUAAUGAUCAGUGACCCGCUGACUGAAAAAGCUUCUGCUGCUCUGGAUGUCCACAUAGGUUCUAUGUCAGACCCGGACAGCGUCCCGGGCCUGGCCCACUUCUGUGAACACAUGCUGUUCCUGGGAACGGAGAAGUAUCCCAAGGAGAACGAGUAUCAGGAGUUCCUGAGCCAGCAUGGAGGAAGUUUCAACGCCUUCACCAGCUCAGAUCAGACAAACUAUUACUUUGACGUAUCCCAUGAGCACCUGCAAGGAGCUCUUGACAGGUUUGCCUCCUUCUUCCUGUGUCCUUUGUUCGAUGAAGGCUGCACAGCCCGAGAGCUGAACGCUGUGGACUCUGAGCACCAGAAGAACCAGAUGAACGACGACUGGAGGCUUUUUCAGCUGGAGAAGGCAACGUGCAACCAAAGGCAUCCUUUUAGUAAAUUUGAAACAGGUAAUAAAUGGACACUUGAAACCAAAGCAUCUAGAGAAGGUACAGAAGUCCGUCAGGAGCUGCUGAAGUUCCACUCCAUGUAUUACUCUGCUAACCUGAUGGGACUCUGUGUGUUAGGACGAGAGUCACUCGAUGAGCUAACAUCUACAGUGGUGAAGUUGUUUGGAAAAGUCCAGAACAAAAGUGUGCCUAUCCCAGAAUUCCUAGAGCACCCCUUCCAGGGAGAACAGCUGAAGCAAGUCUACAAAGUGGUUCCAGUCAAAGACAUCAGGAAGUUACAUGUGACCUUUCCUAUCCCAGACCUGCAGAAGUAUUACAGAUCCAAGCCCGGACAGUAUCUGGCUCAUCUCAUAGGCUAUGAAGGACCUGGAAGUCUGUUUGCUGUCCUGAAAUCAAAAGGCUGGCUGGACUCUCUUGUUGGAGGACCAAAGGAAGGAGCUCGAGGUUUCAUGUUCUUUGUGGUUAAGAUGGAUUUGACCGUCGAAGGCCUCUUGCACGUCAAGGACAUCAUCAUCCACCUGUUCCAGUACAUUCACAAACUGCGCCUAGAGGGACCGCAACAAUGGGUGUUUGAAGAAUGCAAGGAAUUAUGCAAAACAGACUUCAGGUUCAAAGACAAGGAGCACCCCCGAGACUACACUUCUAAAGUGGCCAGUUUACUGCAUUCUUACCCUCUUAAAGAAGUUCUCUCCGGGAAGCACAUUUCUGAGGAAUUCAGGCCAGAUCUGAUUCAAAUGGUCCUGGAAAAGCUGGCCCCUGAAAAUGUCAGAGUGACGAUGGUGUCAAAGUCAUUUGAAGGUCAAACGGACAGGACAGAGGAGUGGUACGGCACGCAGUACAAGCAGGAGGCCAUUCCUGAAGAAACCAUCAAGAAAUGGUCAAUUCCAGACUUAAAUCCCAACUUCAGUUUACCCAAGAGGAACAAGUUCAUCCCUACUAACUUUCAGAUUUACCCUGUAGAGAACAAUCCUCCUUCAGUUCCCACCUUAAUCAAAAGCACUCCUUUAAGCAGAGUGUGGUUCAAGCAGGACAACAAAUUCUGCCUUCCCAAGUUGUGCCAGAGGUUUGCUUUUUUCAGUCACUACAUCUACACAGAUCCUCAGCACUGGAACAUGACCGAGUUGUGGAUCAAAUUACUCAAGGAUGAUCUAAAUGAGUUCACAUAUCCAGCUCUCCUAGCUGGGCUGGAGUAUGAUAUAAGCUCACAGAGGGACGCCAUUAUUCUCUCCAUCAAAGGCUACAAUGACAAACAGUCCAUCCUGCUGAAGGAAAUCAUCCAGAAAAUGGUGACCUUUGGGAUAAACCAGCUGCGCUUUGACAUCAUUAAAGAAGAAUACCAGAGGUAUCUGAACAACUUUGGGGCUGAGCAGCCUCACAGACAAGCCAUGCAUCACCUUGGCAUGCUGAUGACUGAUGUUGCUUGGACUAAAGAUGAACUCCUGGAUGCUCUGGGAGAUGUAACCCUCCCACACCUGAACAUCUUCCAAGCUCAGCUGUUGUCACGGAUACAUAUUGAAGCCUUAUUUCAUGGUAACAUCACUAAAGAGUCUGCUCUUACCAUGAUGCAAAUGGUGGAAGACACACUCACUGAGCAUGCUCACACAAAGCCCCUCCUUCCGCAUCAGCUGAUUCUUUACAGAGCCUUUCAAGUUCCUGAUUGUAGCUGGUAUGUUUACCAGCAGAAGAAUGAGGUCCACAGCAAUUGUGGCUUUCUGAUCUACUACCAGACAGACAUGCAGACCACCCACAGCAACAUGCUGCUGGAGCUCUUCUGCCAGAUCAUCCAUGAGCCGUGUUACAACACCCUCAGAACCAAAGAGCAGCUGGGGUAUAUAGUGUUCAGUGGACCUCGGCGGGCUGACGGCGUGCAGGGCCUGCGCCUCAUCAUCCAGUCAAAGCGGCCCCCCCACUACCUGGAGAGCCGCGUGGAGGCGUUCCUCCUCUCCAUGGAGACGGCUCUGGAGGAGAUGAAUGAGGAGGUCUUCCAGAAGCACAUCCAGGCUCUGGCUGUCCGCCGUCUGGACAAGCCCAAGAAGCUGUCUGCUGAGUGUGCCAAGUACUGGGCUGAGAUCACCUCCAGGCAGUACAAUUUUCACAGAGACAGCAUUGAAGUCGAGCAUUUGAAAACUCUGACAAAAGACGACAUCGUUGUGUUCUUCAGAGAAUGGCUGGCAGUGACAGCUCCAAAACGACGCAAAGUUUCUGUGCAUGUCCUGUCCAGAAAGAUGGACCCGUGUCCAAAAGUGGGGGAGCUGCAUUCCCAGAAGUUGAGUCCGGCUCCUUCUCUGCCACAGCCCACAUUGGUCCAGGACAUGACAGCGUUCAAGAGAAGCCUGCCUCUAUUUCCGCCUACCAAGCCUCACAUCAACUUCAUGGCUGUCAAACUGUGAUCAAUCCCUAGAAGAGAUGACCUCACUGAGUCUGCAUGAGUGUGUGUUUGACAGGUCAAUGAAGAAAUGGCAGACACCCACAGCAGGGCAGUAACAAUUAAAUCUGUUUUCUGAAACAUGA